AUGGAGCUGGACCACGCAGAUCGACGUGUAUAUAAACCCUUGCUCGUUCCAAACUUCUCAUCACUUCUCUUCUGCUCUCAAAGGCCAUUUCCUUCCAUUAACAUCUUCAUCAUCCUCUUCUUCUUCUUCUUCGCCCUCAGUCCCUUUUCACCUCAAGCAGUCUCUGCUUCAGUUUUCAAAAGACUUCAGCUCUUCUCAACAGAAAAAGCUCAGCCCACCUCGACCUCCUCCGUUUUGUCCCUCUCCUUACAUCCUUAUUCAUCCAUCAUAAAGCCGCCAAACAACAACUACUCCGACCUCGUACGCUCCCGACUGGCGAGUGACCGAGCCCGAGCCAAGCUCAUCAACUCCAAAAUUGAGCGGGCUCUCUCCACCUUCAACCGCCCUCAUGACGUUAAACCGGACGCCCAAGUCCAACCGGAGGACCUAGAAACUACGCUGACUCCAUUUGGAGGAGGGUACAUAGCUCAGGUCAGAGUGGGCCAACCAGUAAAAGAAUUCUUCCUGCUAGCGGAUACGGGUAGCCAAAUCAACUGGCUCCAAUGCCUACCCUGCGAUGGAUGUUCUAGCGUGUCCGGUUCGGUCUUUGACCCAUCUGGGUCUUCAUCUUAUAGUCUUUUAUCCUGCGCAUCCCAGGAAUGUGCCUCCCUGGGCGGAAACAAAAAUUGCACUGCUGACCCGUGUAUGUUUAGAGCGGGCUACGGAGAUAGAUCCACUGUUGUGGGAGAAUUCGCCACUGAAACGGUGUCAUUUGGAAGUUCAGGUUCGGUUGAUAAAGUAGCCCUGGGUGCGCCCAUACAAAUCAACGCGCGGGGGCGUCGGGAAUACUUGGUCUUGGGGGCACUCCUGUAA